AUGUCUGCAUUAUCCUUUUGGCAACAGGUAGAUAUAACAUCUUCCCACACUCCUGUUACACAGAAGGAUGAGUUUAUUUAUCUCGUCCAGGACUCCAUUGGCUUGUAUCAGGGCAAAGCAAAGAUACUAGGUCGACAGAAUGGCAGAGUUUACUUGACAUCCUCAAGAUUGAUUUAUGUGGAUAACAUUCUUCCUGAGGACAACUCCUUGUCUAUAUCGCUCUUUGACAUCGAUCAUUUGGAGUUUUAUUCCGGCUUUCUUAAAUCCUCUCCUAAAAUUACCAUCUGGUUUAAAGAUCAUACAAGAAAUGUUUCUGCGCCUUCCUCCAAAACAAAUUUAAGCAGCUACAAUCAUUCUAACCUGUAUUCUUCCUUCAAAAACAAAAUUGAGUUUCUGCCAAACCAACUCAAAGAAUCUGACGAGACAAUAUGGGUUUGUUCAAUAUGUUAUUUUGCUAACCAUAUAAAUAACUCAUCGUUUAAUUUUGAUAAAAUACUAGUCAAUGAUUUUGAUUUCAAAAAAUUACCAAACUGUCAAAAUUGUGGAAUCAAGUCAAAGAAAAACACAAUAGUAAAUGCAAUCAAAAAAUUUAAAGCUAAAAAUAAUAAAAAUGGAAAUCUACUUCCCAAAAAUAAACUUUCAACCCCAAAACAGCCUACAGGUACAGAGCUAAAAGAAAUUAAAUGUCCAAGAUGCACCUUCUUAAAUUAUCCUUUAAUGUUGAAUUGUGAAAUUUGUGGGGAAAAGCUAAAAUCUUCAAACAUUUCUUCCAAUACUGUCAAAAACUACAAUUUUAGAUAUUCUAAUAUUAAUAAACCUUCUAAAAUAAAAAUUAAAACAGAAUUUGACGACGGAUUAUCUUCUUUGUUGCAAAAAUAUAUCAAGUUAAGUUUCAGAAAUCUACUGAAAUAUGACGAUUUUAAAAACUUUUUAAAUAAAUUACAAGUUUUAAUCGAUGAGCAAAAUUUAUCAAAAUUGAUGGAAAGCGCUGAUUUAAAUCAUGAUGUCAAAUCAGUUCUUAAAUUUGAUCUGAAAGAUUACAAAGAAACGUCCAGGUCACAGCCUAAUUUAGGAAUUUUAGGGUUAGAGAAAAAACAAACAGAGAGAGCCGAGUAUAAUGUCAAUAUUUUGAAUACUUCCAUGUCUGACUUGGAUUCACUUAUGAAGAAAGCAAAAGACCUAAUGGUGUUAGCCGAUAAAUUUAAUGACUACUUGAAUAAAUAUAAAAAUACAGAUGAUAAGGUUGUCUCAAAUGCAACGGAUUCUAUAAUACAAUCAAGACAAUUAUUAGGAUUAAACCCAAAUACUGAAACAAACAAUAUUAGUGAUUUUAUUAUGACAAAUAAUUUUAAUUUUUUAAACAAAUUAAAUAAUAAAGAAUUGUACUAUAAUGAAUUGGCCAGGAAUAUUUCCAGCUUUCUAAAUAAUCAUAUUUUUAAAUCUGAUAACUCCUAUAAUUUCAACCAAUUUGAGGAAAAUAUUUAUUCUGGCGGAAUUUUAACUUUAUCUGAUCUAUAUGCUCUUUACAAUCGUUCUUUAGGUUUUAAUAAUAACUUAAUUUCACCUGAAGAUUUACUUGAAGCAUGUAAAAGAUUUUCUUCACUUCAAUUGCCCUUAAUUUUAAAAGAGUUUUCAAAAACAAAUUUGUUGGUAAUCCAAGAUUCUAAAAUGACAGAUGACAUAAUUCUCCAAAAUAUAUUGCUCUGGAUGGAAACAGAUUAUCAACUUUCAUUUUCAAAUAAUGAUUAUCUUAAAUCGUUUGAUCAAAUCAAUGUCCUCUCAGAACUUUAUAUCAACAUUAUCAACACUGAAAAUGACUUCAAAUGCGGGUGCAACAUACAAAUGUUAUCCUCUCAUUUUAAAUUAAGUAUUGGUGUAUUGGAAGAAAUUUUGGAAAUUGCUGUGAAUGAUGGAAAACUAAUCAUUGACAAAACAAUUUCAGGGGUUGUUUAUUAUCUAAAUGAAUUCAACAACUAUGAAUAUAAUGUGAAAGCAUAG